AUGAGGAUUGCAUGGGACUUGGCAAAGGAGGUAAAGACCCGUCCCCUCGAGGAUAACCUGUAUACGAUGCAGUUCGGCUGCCUCGGCGACUGGGAGCGUGUUAUGGAGGAAGGUCCAUGGACUUUCAAAGGGAAGGCCGUGGUCAUUGCGCAGUAUGAUGGUUUCACCAAGCCGUCAAUAAUUGAGCUGAAUAAGAUUGAUAUAUGGAUGCAAAUCCAUGAUCUCCCAGAUGGUUUCUUUCCCAAGAUCAAGGCUCUUUCCGCCACAGUUGGGGAGUUUAUCUUUGCUGAGCCAAAAUCACAUGACUUCGAGGGUAAUUUUGCACGGGUCCGACUGAGGAUUGAUGUUACAAAACCUCUUAAGAAUGCCGUGUCGCUGGUAAUCAAGAAGAAAGACGCAGUCCAGAGGGUGAUCUUUAGGGUGAAAUAUGAGCGUCUUCCGGAUUGGUGUGCAGUCUGCGGGUACUUGGGGCAUCUGUUCAAGGAGUGUGGCGAUGGAGUCCAUCCCCCUAAAUCCCUAGUCUUUAAGGACCUAAAAGCUACUUGGUUCAAAGGUCUAGGCAACGGGCCAGGAGAAGGUCGCAGCUCAUAUGAAGGCAAUGGAUCAUGA